GACAGUAUACGAGAAAAUGGAUCUAAAAUGACUGACGAGACCAUACCGAGUAUUUUGAGUAUUUAUGUAAGGUUAAUAACAGCACAAUCAUACGAUUCUCUUAAUUUACACGCAAUGAAGGAAACGUUUUUUUGACCUACAAAGCUCAGAAUGCCGGACAUAAUGAUGACUAUGGAGCCCAGUCCACCAAUCCAUCCAAUUUCUCAGUCCCAUAAUUCAUUUAUAUCACCUUCAACUGUGUUUUCUGAAAUUAUGAAACAUCCUUCCUCUCAGAGUGAAGAGCAGGAAUUUAAUCUUGGCAAAGCGCUUGAACUCAGAUGCAUAAACAUUUCCAAGUACACAUCUUGUGGUGUGUGUGACACUUGCCUUUUAAACACUAAACUCAGGGAAAUCAAAGAAUGGUUUUUUAGAUUUGGCGAUCACUCUAAAAAAAGGUUCAUGCUCGGAUUGUUUAGAAGAAUAAAAAGCACAGACCUGUUGAAAAACUUGGUCGUUCUACUACAACCAGUACUUAACAAAGAUGGGAUGUACGCUAGAGCGAGAACACAGCCUAGUUUAAAAACUGACUCGGCAACCGUGAGCUCUGACAGAGCCAUCAAUGCAAACAAAGUGGAGCAGCUGAUGCUGGGUACCUGGGAGUGGUUCGCUCACACGACGUACUGGACCAAAAUGAACUGCACACUCAACCUGCUCCAGCAGUGUGACGCUCAUCUUUUACAGGAGUUGUACAAACAGGCUCGCACCAUGCUGGCGUCUGAGCUGAAAGCUGCUGAAUCACAAAUAGAUAUAGACAACUAUGAAGCCGCCUCAGUCAUUUCAACAGAAUAUUCUCACCACACAUCAGAACACCCAGAACUAGACCUUAUGCUCAUGUCACACUCUGGCUACUCAAAUAUUGUAGAGAACCCAUUCACAGGGGAGAUCAUCCCUUAUAAAGAAGACAAAAAGUAUGCACACAGAAGCAGUGAUAACCAAUCAGUGUCUGGUGCAUCCCUCAACAGUGUGGAUCCUCUGCUCCUUGUCAUACCCACCUCAGCUAAGGCUUAUUCAGGUGUUUCCCAGCAUAAAGACUUUAUAAGGUGUUUACCAGUCCACUUGGCCAAGAUGAUUCUCAGUAUGUUGGAUAUGGUUUCCCUCUACAAUGCUCUCUGUGUCAGUCCAAACUGGCGAAAGUUGGCUGAGGAAGUCAAGGUGGAAUUUGCCGUCAGUCAGCAACUUCGUGAGGAGGUGAUGCUUAUGCAGGGAGCAGCGGCACAUGGAGCAAACCCUUUCUAUGCUAAGGACAUUGAUGUCCUGGUCCCCAACCUUGACCCCAAUACCCACGAUGUCAUCUACACCAAUGGUAAUGUAGUUGAGCCCACCUUCAAGAGUGAGAUCAACUAUGAGACGGCUUACAGCGGCAUCAGCACAAACAAGGUCAUCAUGGAGGAGAGGAAUGUGUACUGUGGAGCUUACAAUGUCAUGGUGGUUGUUGAUGGCGAAGACAAAGAUCGAGUAAUGCACACAGAUGGGAGCAAUUUCAUAGCACUUGGCUCUAAAGACAGAAAAGUGCGCUUCAUUGACUGUGAAACUGGUAAAGAAGUUGGUCCUUUGAUCAUUGGUCAUGCUGGCUCUAUCAGGUGUUGCUAUUUAUUGAAAGAUAAAGGAAAAGUUCUCAGUGGCAGUUAUGACACAAGUGUCAGAUGCUGGUCUACAGAAACUGGACAGUGCCUCAAGAUACUCAGAGGUCACCAAGACACAGUCAUGGCCAUUACUGUAAAUGAAGAUGUUGUAGCAACUGGCUCUAAAGAUAAUCUUUGUAAAAUUUGGAGUUUGGAAACUGGCAAAUGCCAGAGAAAUUUGAAGCAUCGAGCUCCAGUGCUUGCCGUGGCCUUGUCUAAAGAGUUUUGUAUAACAGGCUGCGAGGCUGGGAAAGUGAAAGUUUGGGAAGUUUCAUCAGGGAAUCUUGUCAAGACUCUAACAGGCCAUCAUGGACCAGUCACUGCCAUCAAGUUUGAUCGCUGGCACAUUGUGUCAGGGAGUAAGGACGGCUACGCCUUAGGUUGGAGUGCGUUAGGACAACAUUCAAGAUGUCUGUCAGCCCUAAGACACCCGAAGAAAGUGCUGUGCCUGGAGUUUAUCUACUUGCGUGUCAUCACAGGCUCGGCAGAUGGGAGGGUGAGGAUAUGGAAUCUGAUCACUGGUCAGUGCUGUCGUAUUAUGCGAGGAAAUAGCCGAAGUGAUCCUAUUUUAUCCAUGGUUGCUUUAGGAAAUAGAAUUACAGUAAACACGCUGAACAACCUGCUGGUGAUGAACUUUGAACCAGUCAACUGGGACUACAGCCUCGAGACCGACCAGGUCCCAUCUUUAGUGCAGUAUGGAUCAUACAGUGAUGCUCCUGUGAGAUCACAACCAUACUCGUACAUACGAGCACAGAGGAUGCGUAAAGCGGGCGCUGCUAAUUUCAAAAUAGUCCACCAUGACGCCCCAGCGCCAGAGUCCAACACCAAGCAGGUGCUGUUGCAGCACCAGUACCGAGCCAUGCAGCUUCCCCACAGUGCUAAAAGUCUGAGCUUUAAAAGUCUGGACAACGCCAGACGCGUGCAAAGCACCUUGGGGAUGUACGAUGCACUCCACUCUUCGUCUGAGAUUUCUUUGGGUGAAUACCAAAAACUCGAGAAGAGCAGCGCAUCUGAUCUGGGUGAUGCCUUGGGUCAACAUUCUACGACGAACCUGACUUCAAGCAGAACCAGAGGCAGGUCAGCCCCCUCGCAGUUUAGUGUCACUAUCAAAGAUAAACCCGUCGAGGAAGACGAGGCUGAACCAGUCCGCCUGACUAGGAGAAUUUCGUGGGCAUUUGAAAAACCCAUCGUUCCAAAAGACAAAAACAUCAGCCUGUCUGAAAUGAAAGCUUUGCUACGCUCCCAGAUCAGAAUGAAGACAGAGAGUGUUGUCCCUCCUGAUUUUAUUUACCUAACCUUGAGCACUAUUGAAAAAUCUUUAGCCAAAUCCGAGACCAACUUUAACACCAAAUUUAACAUGCAGGACCUGAAACCUCAAGGUGUCUCGGACACCAAGCGACCCAACUCCUCCCCCAGUCGCAUUGACCCCAGGACCAAAGUUCCAGUUGAAGAACUAGGCUUGGAAAUGUUCAUUCACGAUGACGCAAGUCAAUCAGAAUCAUCAGACAGAUGGUCCGUCAAAACAAAAGAGCUAUCCAAACCAGCUGUAGCCAAAGCCAAGGAAAGCUUCGUCACAAUAACUGCCGCCACUCCUGUCUCCCCCAUGCAUCAUUCGAGUCUCCACCCCUCUAAAAUAAAAUCAACCGUCCCAAAAGGCUGGGUCAUACGGCCCAUCUCUGCUGGCCCCUUACAACCCGACGAGAAAUCCCAAAUCAAAGUAACCCCGCCAUCACCCCGGCCAAUAACUGCUCCAGUAAAAACUAACCACAGAAUUUUAAAAUCCAUUCCACCAAACAUUGCACCAGCACUUCCAGGGGUGGGCAAACUUUUCGUCAAAUCCAAAUCCCAACCAAUUUUCUCAUCUUCUAACAUGGAAAGCAGCACUGUACCCAUUCUGAUGUACCCUAAAACAGUCAAGGACAAAGCUUCUGAACUUAAAGAGCUGAGAAAAAAUCGACAUGAACCUAUAGAAAAAGGACCAGAUGGUCGGCUUCUUGGACGUGUGAGUAUUUAUAACCCACCAAUGAGAGACCAUGUCAAAUUUGAACUCCUGACACACCAACAGGAAGUGGAACAGAUGGCUAAAAUCCAGGAAGAUCACACUAAACAGAGGAAAACUAAACUGAAGGAACUAGAGAAGAAGAAAAAAGCUGUUUGGGUAGCCAUAGCAACAGGCAAAUUAAAUAAAGCUGACAUAGAGGAAGAGUUUAAAGAGGUUUAUCCAUAUUAGAUUGUAUGCUUGGUAUAACAGCAAUAAUAUCAGUAUCCAAGACUUCAAUCAUCUAGUCUCUCGUUACACUUUCUCUUAUGUAAAUAGAAGAAUGAGAUUUUUUAAAUGGCAAACAUUUUUAUAGGUAUUGCACGAAUAUUUAGCAGUUUUUAUUGCUUAUUAGCAGUUUGUAUUGCUUAUGUAAAGAUAAGCACUGUUGAUUUCUCUUCAUACACACCAUUUACACAAAAUAGAAAAUACACAGAGGAUUUAAUCAAUUAACCUAUUAGGUAUUUACAUAUUUAUUUCACUUACAAUUACUUAUUUCAUUUCUUCAAAACAGUCGGUGACUUUCAAAUACAAAAGCUCUAACUUUUAAAAAUCUAAUAUGCAUGUAUUUAUCGUAAUCAAAUACUAAACCAAAGCAUACCCUUCAUUACCUACAUAUUAAUAUUUAUGUAAUUUUAAAACUAUAAUAUAUAUUCUUUCAUGGUUGUGCUUGUUGAAUAUGGUUAUUAUUUGCCAAAUUAUUGUUAUUGUUGCUGUGAUAAACACAAAGCUGCUUUCAUUAUUGUUGAAGAAGCACUUAUGGAUUAUUUAAAAGUGGAGGAGUGAUUACUUUUGUAAAAAUUACUUAAUAACUAUAUAGAACUAGUAACUACAAUUUGUUUAAAAUUGAGAGAAACAACCCAAGAAUGCAACUGUAAAGUUAUUUUAAAAGCCAAAACUAUGAUGAUUUAAGUGCAAACGUUCUUGUACAAAGAUAAAAACAUAAAGCAUAAUCUACAAUAUUUAGUGGGAUAUGUAACUGAAGUGUCCACUGUCAAAUAAUCCAUGUAAUUUAUAAGCAUUAAAUGUAAAUAUUCUGCUGUUGUUUUACACCAUUAUACAAAGAUGCUUAUUUCAUUCUCUGUGGUGAGUUGAUGUGUGAUAUGAAUAAAGUUUUGGGAAUUGGGAAAUAAAGUAUUUUUCAAAUGA